UGACACGAUGGACGCGGGCGGCGGCCCCCUCCUCCCCGACAGCGUCCUUUACGAGAUCUUUCUCUACCUGGACCACGUAGACGUGCUCUCGGUGGGGCUGGUGUGCCAGCAGUGGCACGCCGUGGCCCGCGACGAGUUCCUCUGGAAGGAGCUCUUCUACCGCUACUACCGCAUCUCCCGGGAGGUGCCCCGGCACCCAGCUGCUGUCUCCUGGUACGACGAGUUCCAGAGGCUCUACGACACCAUCCCUUGCGUGGAAGUGCAGGCCCUGAAGGAGCACAAUGACCAGGUUUUGCACCUCAGCUUCUCACACUCCGGCUGUUUGUUUGCAUCGUGCUCCAAAGACUGUACAGUCAAGAUCUGGAGCAAUGAGUUGGACAUCUCCCUGCAGCACAGCUCCAACAUGAGGCCGUACAACUGGAGCUACACGCAAUUCUCCCAGUUCAACUCCGAUGACUCCCUCCUUCUGGUGUCAGGUGUCUUUGUGGGGCCUCACAACUCCUCAUCAGGAGAGAUUGCUGUAAUCAGCAUGGAGAACUUCACGCUGCUUUCCAGGGUGAGGAAUAAACCCUAUGAUGUGUUUGGCUGCUGGCUGAAUGAAACCAACUUGAUAUCUGGCAAUCUGCAUCGGAUUGGGCGUAUAACUUCUUGUUCUGUGCUGUGGCUGAACAACGCUUUCCAGGGUAUAGAGUCUGAGAAUGUGAACGUAGUGAAGAGACUGUUCAAAAUCCAGAACCUGAAUGCCAGCACUAUCCGGACCGUGAUGGUAGCUGACUGCAGCCGAUACGAUUCGCCAGACCUGCUCCUGGACUAUGAGGAGCAGCUAGCUGCUUCCUCCACCUCCACCUGCCCAGUCUUUGAUCUUGGCAGUGACAGCGAGGAAGAGGAGGCCAAGCCCAAGCAGACUCCGGAGCUAGCAGUACAGGAAUUGCCGGAUGAAGGGGGUGUGACAGCAGAGGACGGGCUGCAGCAGUUCUUUGAUGAUAUCAUGGAGGGCCGUGUGAGGCCUGCCAUGACUGAGACAGAGUUGGAGACAAAGGUGGCUGAGCUGUUUGUACGCAACAGAACUAAACCGCCUGAGCCGAACCUGCUCCCCACAGACAGCAACAGCAAGACAAAAUACUUAAUCUUCACCACAGGAUGCCUCACCUACUCCCCACACCAGAUAGGGAUUAAAAGGAUCCUGCCCCAUCAGAUGACAACUGCUGGGCCAGUGCUUGGGGAGGAGAGGCGCUCAGAUGAGUUCUUUGACUCACUGGAUCACGUCAUCGACAUUCAUGGGCACAUCAUCGGCAUGGGCCUCUCCCCUGACCACAGGUACCUGUACGUGAACAGCCGUGCCUGGCCUCGGGACUGCGUCAUCUCCGACCCGAUGCAGCCGCCCCCCAUCGCCGAGGAGAUCGAUCUGCACGUGUUCGACCUGAAGACAAUGAAGGAGGUGAAAAGAGCCCUCCGCGCACAUCGGGCCUACACACCCAAUGAGGAGUGCUUCUUCAUCUUCCUGGAUGUCAGCAGGGACUUUGUAGCAAGCGGAGCAGAGGAUCGCCAUGGCUACAUCUGGGACCGGCACUAUAACAUCUGCCUGGCCAAACUGCAGCAUGACAAUGUGGUCAACUCGGUGGCGUUCAGCCCGGUGGAGCAGGAGCUGCUCCUGACAGCCAGCGACGAUACCACCAUCAAGGUGUGGCGCUCCCCUCGCGCGGUGCGCAUCCAGCAGGCCAGGAAGCCCAGGCCCAGGAAGCUGCUCUUCUCCUGGCUCAUGAACCAGAAAAGCUGAACCCAGGUACACCUGCUCCUGCAGCUUCCUCACUGCAGCCACCUCCUCUGGAGCUUGCAGAGCUUUGAGCCCUGCACAACAGGGACGAGCUCUGGGCACACAAAUCCCAUCUGCUGAGUCAGGAGGGACCCCAGUAGCGGGAAUUGCUUCCUCCUUGGAGCAUCUGCUUCAAAGACAGAACGUAAGAGCUGAGGGCCCGUUCCUGGGCCCGGCGGGCGGCAGCCCGAGCUGGUCACUGCAGGGUAGGCUCCCCACAGCUUCUCACGAACGGCUGCUGCUUGGUCACAGCGCUCUCUGGGUGAGCUUUGGUCUCCGAGAACAGACUGAGGCACGUUUCCAGCAUUUGUACUGUGUGAGCCUGGGACAUGGCUGACCUGGCCGAGAGCUACCGGCUACAGAGCACUUGGCAGAAGCCGCGGUACAGUGCUGCGCUGCCUUACUGCAGGACUCUUUUAAUAUAGUAGUUUUAUUAAUGUUUGUUUGUCCCAAACCUCCAUGGGCAACUUGUCUGGCUGCUGGGCAAUGCUGAGUGCCUCCUCCCACACGGGGUCCUGGCCCUGGGCGGCAGCAGGGACUGGAGGGCAGGGAGAGGGCAGCGGGGGAGGCAGGGCU